AUGAAUCCCUUGUCGUCUCCCCAAGUUGACAGCCCCGAGGAUAGCAGCAACAUCCUCGACGGCUCAACGGCUCCCACAACGCCAGAAGGCAGCUACAUGUCCAGCCCGGUGCUGCGCCCACAGGUUCUCGAGGCACUGGACAUGGGCAUCAACCAGACGAGGCCUGUCCGCAACAUUUGCUGCGUUGGCGCGGGAUACGUUGGCGGCCCCACGGCAGCCGUGGUCGCCUUCAACAACCCCCACCUUCGCGUGACAGUGGUCGACCUCAACGAAAGCCGGAUCCGACGCUGGAACAGUAGACACCCUCCAAUCUACGAGCCUGGCCUCGAGGAGGUCGUGCGGGUUGCCCGGGAUGGCACAAGAGAAACGGUCAUCACGAACUCUCACGGGUCAGCCUCCCACAUGGGUGACGCAGAGGUCCUGCCCGAUGCAUCGUCGGCCAGCCGCGAGAUCAUCGUGCCGGCCAGACAGCCCAAUCUGUUCUUCAGCACCCAGGUGGGCCGGUGCAUCUCCGAGGCGGAUGUCGUCUUGAUCUCUGUCAACACGCCAACCAAGACGCGCGGCGCGGGUAAAGGGUGUGCAACGGACAUGACGGCCUUCGAGGCAGUCACCGCCGAGAUUGCACGGCAUGCGAGACCCGGCGCAAUCAUUGUGGAGAAGAGCACUGUGCCGUGUCGAACAGCCCAGAUGGUCAAAGAUACGAUGGCCGUCCACCGCCCCGGCGUGCACUUUGAAAUCCUCUCGAACCCCGAGUUCCUGGCGGCUGGCACAGCUGUCAAUGACCUCCUGUACCCCGACCGAGUUCUGAUCGGCUCCUCGCCCACACCCGCAGGCCGCAAAGCCGCGUCAGCCCUCGCAGCAGUUUAUGCCGGUUGGGUGCCACGCCAGCGCAUCAUAACGACCAACGUGUGGUCCUCUGAGCUCGCCAAGCUGGUUGCCAAUUCGAUGCUCGCCCAGCGUAUAUCCUCCAUCAACUCGAUAGCAGCUGUAUGCGAGAAGACCGGCGCGGACGUGGACGAGGUCGCGGCUGCCAUCGGGGUUGACCCGCGCAUCGGCGACAAGUUCCUCAAGGCAGGUAUCGGCUUCGGCGGAUCGUGCUUCAAGAAGGACGUGCUGUCGCUCGUGUACCUCGCACAGAGCCUCGGGCUGGACGAGGUGGCAGAGUACUGGAGACAGGUCAACGCAAUGAACGAGUACAGCCGGGACCGAUUCGCGGCGCGGGUGGUGCGGUGUCUAAAUAAUACACUAGUUGGGAAGAAGCUGGCUGUAUUGGGCUACGCCUUCAAGAAGAACACCAACGACACGCGCGAAUCGCCUGCGCUGGAGAUCAUCCGGACGCUGCUGGAGGAGGGGCCUCGCGAGGUUGCCGUGUUUGACCCGUGCUGCAACCCGGCCACAUUGCGCGACGAGAUCAAGCACUUGCUCAAGGGCUGCGAGGGCAUUGAUGCCGAGAGGAUACUGAAGGCGGAAGGGGGGCCAUUGGCCGUGCACGACACCGCCUACGAGGCGUGCGCGGCUGCGGAUGCUGUCCUGAUCACGACUGAGUUCGAUGAGUUCAAGAACGGGCCGAGCAAGGCCAUCGAGGCCAGGAUCGGUGCUGAGGGGCUUUUCGCUCCUAACCCUGCGGCCAACACCAUCCCCCCUUCCAAGCCAUCAGUACAAAAGCCAAGCAGCACAUUCGACCCCCGACCAUUCGCGACCACAGAACCGAGCGAGCUGGAGCUUCUGUCUCUGAGAAAGCAUGUGCUCAAGUCACUACCAGUCGCACCGGCUAUCGUGCCAGCAUCUGCAUCUGCAUCUUCGUCAUGGUCAUCCUCGUCCUCAUCCGACCCCCUGCAGAGGCUUCAUGCUGAGCCAGCCUGUGAUGCCGACUGCCCCGACUGCAAACUGGAGCACAGCGGCCACGCCCCCAACGAGGAAUACAAACCCAAGGAGAGGGUGGACUGGGCCAAGAUAAGCUACCACAUGAAGAAGCCUAAGUGGGUGUUCGAUGGGAGAGGAGUGCUGGAGGUGAAGGAAAUGGAGAGGCUUGGUUUCCAAGUCGAGAGUGUCGGGAGGUGA